CGAGGAACAAGUCACGAAAGCUUGCAAAUAUCUAUCCGUUGUCACGGAAUGUCUGUAGCAUCUUCGAGUUCCGGUCUGCAGAGUCUAUCCUGUCUCAAACAUUGAUAUGAAAAAAUUGGAUAAUAUACAAGUCAGGAUCGAGGAGCCCGAUAUUGAUCGAGGAUCGCGAUGCUGUCUGUAUCAAAAAAGUUAAUUUUCGUGAAUGCUGAAUUACCUAGGUUCAAUCACCGAUCGGUUCUUAUAUGAACCAUUCCGCAUAUCGAAACCAGUCCUCUCAAUGCUACAACGAUUGCCAGCAGAGGGCUUUCAGAGAGCCAGUGAGUCACUCAGUACAUGGGACGGUGAACUUUCGAAUUACCCGAAGGUGAGAUCAGCAAUUUCAGGUAUCUGCAAUUUGUUAGAUUGUCGGCAGAUGAGGCGUGGGCAGGUGUAUAAUCUCAGUCUUUUGCGCUAGCUCGAUGGACAGAUAGUGACAGUAGCUGGAAAAUCUAGUGAAGCAUGGGAGCAGCACAGGGUUGAUCGCUCUUUCUGGGGUCGAGGGUCGUGGCUCACUCCACCUACUAUCAGUGCAUGGAUGACAUAUCUUCGUUACCUGUUGAGGAAUCUACUGUGGAUAGCAGUUCCCUUGAUUACAAUCGCCUGAUCAGAAUCACCACUGCAGAAUACCGUCGUUGCCAAGAUGCCGUCUGAUAGCGUUCGACAGGGACGAAUGUCUCCUAGCAAUACAACAACAACGAAGAGUCAGUCAGGUUCGGAAGAUAUAUAAUGUAUGGACACGCAUUGAGGACGAGCAUUAUUAGCUUAUAAUAUUGGAUCUAAUCUACCCGCUUGCAUGUCACAAUCACGAGAGUACGACAACAGUGGGCGAUCAUGACAGCCCACCACGGUACCUUAGACAGAUGAAAGGUACAGCGGGUUAGAGAGAUGGUACGAGUACUUGGACUGGGAGUUUCGUUGCCUUGAAAGAGGCAAAGUGAGUAUGGUGGAAAGAAGCGAAAUAGUGUUUAAAAUUCCGGGAAUAAGAAGGUUCUUUCACCGCACGAGAGGUUGUUGUUUUGUUCAAGGUAGGGCUACACUCUAGAGUCGAAGGCAUGAAGGGAAGAUUCCUACAUAAUGCACAUGGAUCGAAACAUGUUUGGUACAUCUCCCAUAACUCCCCCUCACUCCUUCCGAAUAUAUUUCUAUAUGUUUUCUUUCCAAUGCAUAUCCUCUCAUUACAGUCAGCCAAGCCUCUAGUGAUCUGUCUUGGUUUUCCCGUUCUGGGUUUACGGACUUUUUCUUUUCGAGAGCGGCGGUUAGUCUCUUAACCGGUACAAAUUCUUGUUCGUUAGGAUCGGAUACAUUGGUGAUAUUUUCAUCUACAGUCCCAGCAGCUGUGCGCCAUGAGUUUAUGCAUCUAUUGUGAAGUUACUCGUGUUCGCUCAGUCAAUUCCAAUAUGUAGAGGAAUAUAUUGAGGGAAUUCUCACUCUCUCUCACACAGGCUUUCUUGCAUUCAUAUUCUUCCCUUACUAUCGUUGACACCGGC